AUGGCUCAAAGAGUGCUUCUUCGAACAGGCCGGGGCUUGUCGCUCGCGCCUCGCUCCCUGCAGAUCACCCGCUCAUUCAGCACCGUUCUCGAUACCCCUGUCGACCCUGGAACUCAACAAUUACGCUCACCAGCGCGGACAGGCUCCGUCUUCGAGAAUGCGCUCAAUGCAAGUGCUCCCAGGACCAGCUGGACGAAGGAGGAGAUUACUGAAGUCUACAAUACUUCGCUGAUAGACCUUACACAUGCAGCGGCUUCGGUGCACCGGCGCUUCCAUGACCCCGCCGCCAUCCAGAUGUGCACACUGUUCAACAUCAAGACUGGAGGCUGCAGCGAGGAUUGCUCCUACUGUGCGCAGUCAUCGCGUUACGACACAGGAUUGAAGGCUACGAAACUGUCAUCAGUUGACUCAGUCCUGGAAGCUGCGCGGGUUGCAAAAGAGAAUGGAAGCUCAAGAUUCUGCAUGGGAGCUGCCUGGAGAGACAUGCGAGGCCGCAAGACCAAUCUCAAGAACAUCAAGGAGAUGAUAAAAGGGGUUCGCGGCAUGGGUAUGGAGGCAUGUGUCACUUUGGGUAUGGUUGAUGCCGCGCAAGCAAAAGAGCUCAAAGACGCUGGAUUGACUGCAUACAACCACAAUGUUGAUACCAGCCGGGAGCACUACCCCAGUGUCAUCACCACUCGCACGUACGACGAGCGACUCGCCACCAUCAAGAACGUCCAAGAAGCCGGCAUCCAUGUGUGCACCGGCGGUAUCCUUGGUUUAGGCGAGAAGGCUCGUGACCACGUCGGUCUCAUCCACACCGUCGCAACACUACCAGCCCAUCCCGAGAGCUUCCCCGUCAACGCCCUAGUACCGAUCAAAGGCACACCCCUCGGCGAGACACAAGCCAUCUCAUUCGACGCUAUCCUACGUACCAUCGCUACCGCACGACUCGUCAUGCCGACCACCAUUAUCCGACUCGCCGCUGGUCGUCACACAAUGCGCGAGGAGAAGCAGAUUAUGUGUUUCCAAGCGGGCGCUAAUGCCGUCUUUACGGGCGAGAAGAUGUUGACUACUGCUUGCAACGGUUGGGAAGAGGACAAGGCUAUGUUUGGCAGGUGGGGACUGAGGCCUAUGAAGAUGGAGGAGACAAUUGGAGAGCAGCGCAAGCUUCCUGGACAGGAUGAGGCUGAAGCGGUUGUUGCGGCUGCGGAGGCGGAGGCUACUGUUCAGGCACUUGCUUGA